CCGGUCACUGGACAACACAGCAUCUGCUCUCGCCCCUCAAAAUAUCCCAACCCCAAAGCCCAAAGCAUCGAUCAGAGCCGAUCAAAUAUACUAGUAUUUGUUGAUCGGGCACUAGCUAGAGAGAGAAGUAUUCUCGUGUUGCUGUUAGCUUUGAUUUGCUGGAAAGAUGAGCUCCGAGGAGGGAGAGAGGCUCCUGUUCCCUUCCUUCGUCUUCCCGGACAGCUUCCCGGCGGACGACGCCACACCGGUCGUCUCCGGCGGAGAGCAGAAGAAGGCCGGCCGGCAGCGGCGGAGGCGGAGGGCGAGGCAGGCAGCGAGUGGUGAGGGCGGAGGGGACGACGCGGCGAAGAAGCGAAGGCUGAGCGACGAGCAGGCGCAGUUCCUGGAGAUGAACUUCAGGAAGGAGCGGAAGCUGGAGACGCCGCGCAAGGUGCAGCUCGCCGCGGAGCUGGGACUGGACACCAAGCAGGUCGCCGUGUGGUUCCAGAACCGCCGCGCCCGCUACAAGAGCAAACUCAUCGAGGAGGAGUUCUCCAAGCUCCGCGCGGCCCACGACGCCGUCGUCGUCCACAACUGCCGCCUCGAGGCCGAGCUGCUGAGGCUCAAGGAGAGGUUGGCGGAGACGGAGGAGGAGAAAAACAAGGCCAUGGCGGCGUCGGCGGCGGCAACGGGCGGCGGGGGUGGCAGCAGCCCGAGCUCUUCGUCGUUCUCGACGGUGACGGCAAUGGUAGGGGGGCAGCAGUUCGGGAUGGAGGAGGUGGAGACCGACCUGACCUACAUGAGCGAGUACGCCUACACCAACUACAUGAUGGACCUGGCGGCCGGCGGCUACCUCGGAGGGGUGUACGAUCAGUUCAGCUGAUCCGGAUAGAGGGGGUGAAAGAACAGUGCUAGUGGUAGUUUACUAUGCUCAAUCAAUGUUAAUUAAUUAAUUAAUCAACCGGGAUUGCGGGGCAAUCGUAUGCACGUACUAGCAGUAGUAGCAGCAAGUCAGAACUGGGUAGUAUUGGUGGUAGUUUCAAUGGGUGGAUGCCCUAACGGAGAAUCUCAGUAGUAGUACGUACUAUUUGCUAAGCCAUGUACAUUAUGAAUUGGUAAUCUUUGUAAGUAUAUAUUAUGUACGGGUUAUCAUCAUGCAAGUGGUUUAUCGUGAGCUGAACUA